AUGUCUAGUGACCUGAUUCGACUCGCCUCGCUAGACCAACCCGAACUGUCCCAGUCGGCAUCGAGACUCGAGAGAAAAGAUGAGCUGUCUACCUUGCCGGUUGAGAUACUGGAGACAAUUGCUUCCUACUUGCCUACCCAGGAUGCACUGAGUCUACGCUUUGCUUCAAAAGCUUUCAAUCAAUUGACAUCAAGCCAGACUUUCUGGGCCUCCAGAUUCGAACCCGAGCAUGAACGCGGAUUCCUUUUUGAAACACAGGACAGCAAACAUACUGGAAACUGGCUAGCUUUGUACAAUCUCACCGAGGAUACAAAUCUUUCUCCCGGUCUCAAAAACAGAAAGAGAGUUUGGAACUUGUCGCGUAUUGUCAGAAAUUUACUACGCUUGCAUUUGACGACCGAGGAUGCCACCUCAUCUCUGCCAAGUUCGUCUUUGGGUGAUUCGGAAUUGACAGUUGUGAAUGCAAUCGUCGACAAUGGUCCUAGGUGGCUUUUCCGCAGUGGAGCCCGAUUAAUGCAAACUCACCUUCGCUCAAUACCACAAGCCCUCAGCAAGAUCAUAUUCUCAACGGUGGAUAUCGGAGACAUGGUUUAUGUUUCCGGUAUGCGUUUCGUUUCUUAA